UUUAGCACCAUGAAGUGGCUUCUCGUGUUGGUUUGCGUCCUCGGCUUGACGAGCUGUCAGACCCCGAGCCCAAACCCUGCUCUCAAGGAGAAGGGGCUCAUAGAGUGGAUCAGUAACCUGUUCUCAAGCACUACAAUCAGUCCGGUUCACGACCCGCCAGAAGACUGCCCUACCUGCCAAUGCGGUAUCGCCCGUACAAGGCGUCGUAUCGUCGGUGGAUAUGAGACCAAGCAGCAGUAUUAUCCGUGGAUGGCGGUCCUCAUGUACAACGGAAGGUUCUACUGCGGCGGCUCCCUCCUCAACGACCUCUAUGUUCUCACCGCGGCACAUUGUACUGCUGGAUUCCGAAAGGAGAAGAUCACGGUUCGUUUCUUGGAACAUGACAGGUCACAGGUGAAUGAAACUAAGACUAUUGAUCGGAAAGUGUCAGCGAUCAUCCGUCAUUUGCGCUACAACCCUGGUACUUACGACAACGACAUAGCGCUGUUGAAACUUGAAGAGAGAGUGGACCUCAGCAGUGCGUUGAAGAAAGUGCGACGCGACGGCAACAGCACAGAGCCUGAAGAAAAUCAGGACGUGGGGCUGAGGCCUGUGUGCCUUCCGAAAGGAGGCCUGUCCUAUACUAAUUAUACGGCUGUGGUCACUGGCUGGGGUACUACUGAAGAGGGGGGCUCCGUGUCUGAUACUUUGCAAGAGGUGAAAGUGCCAAUAGUGUCCAAUGAUGAAUGUCGUAAAGGUUACGGUGGUCGUAUCACGGAAAACAUGAUCUGCGCGGGAGAGAAGGAAGGAGGCAAGGACGCGUGCCAGGGUGACUCUGGUGGUCCCAUGCACAUCGUUGACGAAAACGGGAACAAGUACAGAGAAGUUGGGGUGGUGUCGUGGGGAGAGGGUUGCGCGAGACCCGACAAAUACGGAGUCUAUUCUCGCGUCAACCGAUACUUGACUUGGAUCGAGAAGAAUACUAAAGAUGCUUGUUAUUGUCAGUAAAGUUGAGCACAAGCAAUGGCGGCUCAAGAAGAGACUUGAAAAAGAAAAGCCUGAUUUAUAUUUCUUGUUAAAUAAUUGUAAUAGCAUAAUAUGCUAACUUUCCGACAGUAGCGGGCAAUGAAUUACUGACUGACAUAAAAACGAAUUGUCAAGUGUUUGUUAUUAAUUGCUGACUCCCACGCAUUAGGUCAUAAAUGAAAAAGUAUGAUUUUACAUGAGACCCGUUUGAAUAAAUCUUAUUAUUUUGGUAAAUAUUUGAAACAUUUUUCACAUAGUACCUAUGUUGUGAAAAAGUUAUCAAUAAUUAA